AUGCCACCAGAAAAGCGACGGGCUUUUCUCGAUGCCUUCUCGCAGCUGCCGCAGAGGGUGCUCUGGAAGUGGGAGGAGGACGAUUCGCCAGACCUGCCACCUAACGUCCUGUUGUCCAAGUGCUUUCCACAACAGUCAGUACUAGCUCAUCCGAACGUGAAAGUCUUCAUCGCGCAAGGAGGCCUCCAGAGUUUCAAUGAAGCUACUUACUAUGGUGUUCCUUUAAUUGGAAUUCCAUUCAUGGGAGACCAGCACUACAAUGUCGAAAAAUUCGUAGCUGCUGAGAUUGACUACAGGUUGCAGUUCCGGCACGUCACGAAGGAUACUGUUUUAAAGGCUAUACGAACGGUUCUUGAGGAUCCCAGGUAUCGGGAAAACAUGAAGAAGUUGUCAGCAGUGUAUCGCGAGCACCAGGCACAGUCGAUGCCACAAGCCAUCUGGUGGAUAGAAUAUGUACUACGUCACCAGGGAGCUCCACAUUUGCGAAGCGGAGCCAUGGAUCUCAGCUGGUACCAGUUGCUGCUGCUAGAUGUCGUCGCCUUCGUGCUGGCCGUAGCUGCAACCACAACACUUGCGCUGUAUUCACUGGCGAGAUAUCUUACAUCUCUGAUACUCAACGCCAAAAAACAUAAGACUGAAUGA